AUGGUUACUCUGCACCACAUCAGUCCUUCAGCUCUAAUUACUAUGGCCACCAAAGAACAGACUUACACAACGUCACAACACCCCACCGACAUGCUCGGGGAACCAGUGGUGUACUCAAUCCCGGAAGUUCCGGUUACCAUCCAGCGGAAGCCGUUUCUGCAACCGGAGGAUGACCAGAAGCUGGCACACACGGGGACUCCGCGGGCCAACAUCGCCGCAACUUUUGAACAUCCCAAUGGUACCACAGAGAAUGACUGGGCUAAAAAGCAUCGCCAUCAAACUGUAAAAACAAUCAAAAAGAUUAUACUUGAAACUUUAGUUCUAAAGCUUACGCUAUCGAUCACAGGUCCUACAGCAACACUGCGACUUCUUCGACACCGACAAAGAUGGUGUGAUAUGGCCCACGGACACAUUCUGGGGCUUUCACAAAUUGGGAUUCGGAAUAUUCCUAUCCCUCGUCGCCGUUUUCAUUAUUCACAGCAACUUCUCGUACCCCACACUGUCUGGUUACAUACCAGACCCCUUUUUUCGUAUUUACAUUCAGAACAUCCACAAGGACAAACAUGGCAGUGA